AUGGAGAUAAACCAAAUAAUAUCCUGUACAUUUACUCACCUCUCUUUCAUCUUCGUAUUUUUAUUCAUUUCCUCUCCGGUGUUGUCUCGUCCGAAUAUCAGCGUUCCGUCUAAUGCCAGCAUCAAUGAGUCCGAACAGUUGCGAACUUACAUAGUUCGUGUGCAACCUCCGACAGAGGUCGCUGAUGCCGGCUCUACCGAGCUUGAGAGUUGGUACAAGUCCUUCUUAUCCGAGUCUAUUUCAGACGCUGGCGAGCUGCGGUUAGUUCACUCGUACACUGAGGUCUUUGUCGGUUUUGCCGCGCAGCUCACGAAAACAGAGCUGAAUUCUAUCCAGAAGAAGGAAGGGUUCGUGCACGCAUUUCCGGUCAAGAAUCUCCGCCUUUUGACGACACGUACGCCGGCGUUUCUGGGCCUCCAACCUGGUACCGGCCUUUGGAACACCACCGCCCUCAGCCGCGGCAUCAUCAUCGGCCUACUCGAUACCGGCAUCGCCCCCACCCACCCUUCUUUCUCCGACGACGGCGUUCCGCCGCCCCCCGCCAAGUGGAAGGGCUCAUGCGCCUUCGAGACCGGCUGCAACAACAAGCUCAUCGGCGCACAAUCAUUCGUGCAAGACGAUAAGUCCCCUUUCGACGACAUCGGGCACGGAACUCAUACUGCUAGCACAGCUGCUGGAAACUUUGUACAUGGUGCGAGUGCGUUCGGACAAGCCAGCGGCACCGCGGCCGGGGUGGCCCCGCACGCACACUUGGCGAUGUACAAGGUCUGCAGCGCGUCCGGUUGCUGGACCUCGGAUAUUCUCGCCGGCUUAGAUGCCGCCGUCAAGGACGGGGUCGACGUAAUCUCCAUCUCUUUAGGCGGCGGAACCGAUAAAUUCUUCAGAGACGUGAUCGCCAUCGGCGCUUUCGGUGCUUUCGAAAAGGGCGUAUUUGUUAGCUGCGCGGCGGGUAAUGAAGGUCCGAGAGGUAAGUCGCUCUCGAACGAGGCACCAUGGUAUAUAACAGUGGGAGCGACAUCGGUCGACCGGAGCUUUGCGGCCUCAGUGCAACUUUACAACAACAAGCAGUUGUAUGAGGGCGAAUCUUUGAAUCAGUUCAAAAACUUCUCAUCCGCGCCGUUCGAGCUUGCAUACUCUUCGGAAUUCAGCAGCUGCAGUGACUUCACCGGCUUCGACAUCCGGGGAAAGCUAGUCUUAUGCGACCCCCAAGACUUACUUCCAUCAUAUGAUAUUUUUGGCGCCGUUAAGAGUGGCGGUGGCGUCGGCGUGGUGCUCGUAAAUGCAAAGGCUGCAGGGUACUCGAUUGUCACCGAUAGCUACCCCCUGCCGACAGUGCAGUUGAGUGCCGCUGCUGGCCGUGCCAUCAUAGACUACACAUUGCGAAACCAAUUGCUUGCGUCAAUCUCCUUCAACGGCACCGUUCUCGGAACUCCCUUUGCUCCCUCCGUCGCCUUUUUCUCUUCCCGCGGGCCGAACUUUCAAAACGGGAUGCUCUUGAAGCCCGACGUAGCGGCUCCGGGGCUUAACAUACUGGCCGCGUGGCCGACCCAAGCGGACGGAGGGAAUGACGGAAAGAAAACUUCCAACAUAAUCUCCGGGACUUCGAUGGCCACGCCGCAUGUCAGCGGCAUCGCCGCGCUGAUAAAGAGCGUGCACCCUGACUGGUCGCCGGCCGCCAUCAAGUCCGCUAUCAUCACCACAUCCGACGUGAAGGACAAGCAGGGGCUGCCCAUCUUCAACGAGCUUCAAACCCCGGCGAACGUCUACGAAUUGGGGGCCGGACACGUGAACCCGUCGAAAGCCGUCGACCCCGGUCUCGUCUACGACAUCGGCGCCGACGACUACGUCCGUUUUAUAUGCACAAUUUACGGAGACCACGGUGCUAACAUUAUCGUGCGCAGCCACAACGUGUCUUGCGCGGACGAGAAGCAAAUCGCGGCGGAGGAGCUGAACUUGCCGUCGAUUGUGUUCCCGAUAGGUUUGUCGCCGAGGCCGAAUGUCACGCGCACGGUGACUAACGUCGGGAAGGCGCAGUCGACCUACGCAGUUCAGUUGGAGGUUCCGGUGUCGGUGAGGGUGACGGUCACGCCGUCGACGUUGAGUCUCAGCAAGGUGAACGAGAAGAAGACGUUCCGGGUGAGCGUGGAAAUUGUAGGGGAUUUAGGCGGCUGGAAUUAUGGGCACCUGAGGUGGGUUUCGGAUGAUCACGUCGUGAGGACCCCCUUGGUUUUCGUCGAUUAUUAUUAA